CUAUAUAAACAGUUUGCAUAUCAUGCAUUGUGUGCAUGAAUUCCAUGUUAUCUAAUGGAGAUUCUUCUCUCUGGGAUAGGUUUGAGAUAUUAUGAUGAAGUGCAAAGGACGAGAGCAUAACUUUGGAGAGCAUGAGAGAAAACAGUAUGAAGGAGAAAAGUGCAGGAAACGUCCAGCAGAAGAUGAGAAUGAAGAUGAAGUCCAAGAAUUUUUUGGUGUUGUAGACAGAAUCCAUGCAAUGCAAAAGCUUUUUAAACAGAAGCUAAUGAGUUGUCCUUCUGCAGGAAAAAUACCCACAUAUCAGAAUGAUGGUGGGAGUUUUAUCAAUCUCAAAUCUUCAUGGAAGCCCUCUUUAGAGUGGGAGGAUUUUUCUGCCUUGGCUAGGAAAAGCAGUAGUUUUAGCUAUCGUUCAAACACCAAUGCAGUAACUUGGGUAGUGGCUGAAAGCCCAUGUAUUGGAAGUGAUCAGAAUAUGGGUGUUGGGAGGUUUGAUCUGAAUGUUGAGGCCACUGCAGAAGAGUAGAUUUCUGCAAAAGCAUUACGGUUUUCUGAAGUCUUUCUAACUAUGAUGUAUUUUUUACUGUUCUUAAUAGCAUCGGUCAUGAUUCAUGGUGGGUGCUUUAGUGUAUUAAAAGAAACUGAUGGCCUGCAAUGUGGAAAAGAAAUAGUAAGUGGGCUGCCCAUAAAACUUUGACUAUGUUUACAAAUCUGGAAAAAUAUUAGGGAGUAUCCCAAAUAAUUAUUGUGAAGAA